AUGAAUUCGACCGUCUCCAUAGUGCUGGCCGUCAUCAUCGUGGCGGCUUGCGCCGUCGCGAGCCCCUUGGAGGCGAAGGAGGAGGCGCCGCCCCACGAGGCGGCGGGAACGAGCAACGCGACGGCGGCGGCGACCGCCGCCGCCCCCCGCGAGGCGAGGAACCUGGACAACGACGUCGCCGCGCCGCCGCCGCGCGAGGCGUCGCUCGUGCAGAAGCUCAACGCCAAGUGCAGCCAGCGCGACGUGCCGUCCUGCAUGAUGCUGAAGCUCGUCACGUACAUGAACCGCCUGCUGAAGAAGUCCAAGAUCGAGGUGGGCGGCGGGCUGGAGAUCGAGAAGACCUCUGAGGAGACUGCCGCCGCCGCCGCCGCCGCCGCCGCCGACGACGCCGACGACGGAGGAUCCGCGCGCAGCGGCGAAGAGCCGGCGCCGUCCGACGAGGCAGAGCUGGCCGAGCUGCUGACGGACAAGGCGUGGAGCUUCGUGCGGUCCAGGAGGCUGACGUGGAGGAUGCUGCCCGACGCCGACCUCACGGUCAGCUCGGCGCCCGACCGCUCCGUCAACGUGGGGAUGUCCAUCCGGCCCGACGGCCUCUUCGGCACCGGCCGCGGCAAGAAGAAGAACAACUUCGGCGGCAUCAUCGCGGCCGUGGUGCUGAAGGCCGGCCUGCUGGCGGGGCUCGCCUUCAAGGCGCUCGUGCUGCUGGUGGGCAAGGCCAUCCUCGUCAGCAAGAUCGCGCUCGUGCUCGCCAUCAUCCUGUGGCUCAAGAAGCUGCUCAGCCAGGAGCGCCACGUGACCUACGAGGUGGUGGCGCACCCGCACCACAGCCACUCGCACGUCGUGUCGUCCGCGCACGGCGGCGGCGGCGGCGGCAUCGAGGCGCACGGCGGCGGCGGCGGCGACUCCUACUCCUCGGGCUGGGGCCGCAGCCUGGACGCGCAGGAGCUGGCGUACCGCGGGCACGUGCCGGCGCCCGCCCCCGCCCCCGCCUCCGCCUCCGCCUCCGCCUCCCUCCAGUAG